AUGGAGAGACUUGGGAAGAUUGAGCAAUGCUCCCUACUGAAGUCCCUGCAGCUUUUCGUUCAAGAGCUCUCUUGCCGCUUUCAACCUUCGCAGGAGGAACUGCAGGCUCAACAGAAGGCGUUGGAGCUGGAGCAUCUGCAGCAAGAGGAGGGUGAUGCAACAGCCUUUGGAAAGAGAACGGCCAGCGACCAGCAGGCUGAAUUUGAGCUGUUACGGGUCAUCGAGCAGAGUGAACGAAAACGAAGGGAGAGACCGUUGAAAGUGGUAGAACUGCCGCCAGAUGUGGUAACAAGUGCGCUGUCUGAUGAACAGUAUGCAGCUUUGCCUGAUGAAGUCCAUUUCUUCGCGAAUCAGGAAGUGGCCUCCUUUGUUGACAGAUUUCGGCUGUUAGCGAUGCAGUUUCGACUUGGCAGUGGAGACGUAGUAUCUCUGCUACAACAGCUAGAAGAUGACGCGUACAGGGAACUAUCAACGCUGUCGCGUGAAGUGGCUCAGCAGGAGGGCCACCUACAACAUGAAUUAUCGGUGUACACUUCUAGGGUCGUCAAUGGGCAGCAGCGGCUCACAGCCUAUAUCAAAUUCCUCGAACAAGCGCUACAAGACAGAGAGGAAGAACUUCAGCUGCAACUGCAAGAGCUAAAGCUUAUCGAGACCAAAUUCGAAAAUGAGAAGCACGCCGCUGAACGGUACACAAAAAAGUGGUAA